UCGCUCAUUGUAGAGGAGAAGAGCGUAGCGGCUCCGAUGUGAAAGGGUAUGCUGGUCUCGUGAAUCAGACUUCUUUAUGUAGGCUCUCUCUUUUUUCUGUCGCUCCGGUCUACUUUUCCUUUUUCAAACUCACUUCUCAAUGUCUUGGAGACUUAAUUGCCAAGUUCUUGAGCGCAGCAUGCAGGGAUUUCAACAUGCUUGGAUAAAAAGUUUUUGACAGCUCCGAUUUCGUGAUCUAGUUCUGGGGAGUUUCGGACCUGAUCCGACUCUAGGCUACUGCUUUGCAUCCCGCAUCCUGUCAAUCAAUCGUAGACAGCAUAGUUUGGUCGUGUCGUUUCCGUAAUACAAUCCGAACACAUUUUCCCCAAAACCGGGCAACAUGACAAACUGGAGUUGGAAUAACUUUUCAUUUCUGAUUGCUUUUUAUGUCUUGUCCAUGUCCGUUGCAACGGGCAAAACAGACAACACACUUCUGAAUUUACAUGACGGCAACAGCUUGAACCAGAGUGUGCUGCACAGUGCCGUCCCUGAGCCCCAACGCUAUAACACCACGGUACCUUUCCUGCUGGAAGGGCCGGAGCGCAAACCACUCAGCCAGCUCACGUCCAGGAGUUAUCCUGCCUCACUGAGGCUGGUGGUGGAGGCGGAAGGUGAAAAACUGGUCCUGGCACUUCAAAAAAACAAGGGCCUGUUUGCAAGUCAUUACACUGAGACACAUUACCUGGAGGAUGGGAGUCCCGUCACUGGUGCUCACAACUCUACGAAGAACUGUUACUACCAUGGAGAAGUGGAAGGCCACGCUAACUCUGACGUCACUCUCAGCACCUGCUCUGGCCUCCGGGGUUUCAUCUCACUUGAAAAUAAGACCUUUAUCCUUGAACCAUCGUUGGACCAGGACAAUUAUACACACAUCAUUUACCGAGGGGAAAACCUCAACCUGUCCUCUGGAACCUGUGGUCAUGGCUUCAACAUGUCCUCUGUUACACCUGACAACCAUCUAAGAAGCCCGUUCAGAACAUUCAGUACCAGGCACAAGAGGCACGCUCAGAAGACUACCAAAUACGUAGAGCUGAUCAUCGUUGCAGACAACAGAGAGUUUCAGAAACAGGGGAAGGAUGUUGAGAGGGUGAAGCAGAGACUGGCAGAGAUAGCCAAUUACGUGGACAAGUUCUACAGGGUCCUGAACAUCCGCGUGGCCCUGGUGGGCCUGGAGGUAUGGAGCGACUCUGAUAAGUGUCCUGUCACUCAGGACCCCUUCAACACCCUGCAUGAGUUCCUAGACUGGAGGAAAGUCAAACUGCUGCCUACAAAAUCGCACGACAACGCUCAGCUCAUCAGUGGGGUGUACUUCCAGGGUACCACCAUUGGCAUGGCUCCCAUCAUGAGCAUGUGCACAGUGGAGCAGUCUGGAGGCAUCGUCAUGGACCAUUCGGAAAAUCCCCUGGGUGCAGCUGUGACUUUAGCACACGAGCUGGGGCACAACUUUGGCAUGAACCACGACACCCCGGAGCGGGGGUGUGGCUGCAGGAUGACAGUGGACCGUGGGGGCUGCAUCAUGACCCCCUCCACUGGGUAUCCAUUUCCUACUGUGUUCAGCACCUGCAGUAAGAAGGACCUGGCAGCCAGUCUGGAGAAGGGAGUGGGGAUGUGUCUGUACAAUAUGCCUGAGGUCAAGGUGCUCUACGGGGGACAGAAGUGUGGCAACGGAUAUGUGGAGGAGGGAGAGGAGUGUGACUGUGGAGAGCUGGAGGAAUGCAUGAACCCCUGCUGCAAUGCCACCACCUGCACCCUGAAGGGAGAUGCCGUGUGUGCACACGGACAGUGCUGUGAGGACUGCAGGCUGAAGCCUGCUGGCACACCGUGUCGAGAAUCCAGUAACUCCUGUGAUCUGCCAGAGUUCUGUACUGGUGCCAACCCCCACUGCCCUGCCAACGUGUACCUGCAUGACGGGCACUCUUGCCACAAAGUGGACGGAUACUGCUACAACGGCAUCUGCCAGACCCACGAGCAGCAGUGCAUCACACUAUGGGGACCAGGAGCCAAACCUGCCCCGGGGAUCUGCUUUGAGAGGGUCAACUCAGCAGGAGAUCCUUACGGGAACUGUGGCAAGGACUCCAAAGGAUUGUUUGCCAAAUGUGAAGCCCGAGACGCAAAGUGUGGUAAAAUUCAGUGUCAAGGAGGGGCCAACCGGCCUGUGAUUGGCACCAAUGCCGUCUCCAUAGAAACCAACAUCCCUCUUCAGGAAGGAGGGAGAAUCCUGUGUCGGGGGACACACGUUUACCUGGGUGAUGACAUGCCUGACCCUGGACUGGUUCUGGCUGGCACCACGUGUGGAGAGGGCAUGAUGUGUCUAAAUCGUCAGUGCCAGAAUGUCAGUGUGUUUGGUGUGCACCAAUGUUCAGGGAAGUGCAGCGAACGAGGGGUGUGCAACAACAAGAAGAACUGCCAUUGUGAGGAGCACUGGGCCCCUCCCUUCUGUGAGAGGGCGGGGUUUGGAGGCAGCCUCGACAGCGGACCAAUGAGACUGUCAGAUGUGCGUGUGUGUGUAUUAAUGUGCGUGUUGUCGUAUGUGACGUCAGCCGACAGCAGGGGGGUUGCCGUGGCGAUCCUGGCCACCCUCCUCAGCCUGAUGGGUGCUGGGUUCCUGGUAUUUCUCAAGAGGAAGACUCUGGUCCGUCUGCUCUUCACCAACAAGAAGACCACCAUGGAUAAACUGAGGUCUGUUGGAUCCACCAGAGCAACCAGUCCCAGCCAGACUCAGUCCAUGUACAGUUCACGACGCAAGCCCCCAGCCAAGCCUCCAGGUGCCAGCGUAUACAAGCCAUCCCACCAGAGUUUGGAGCCUCUCCUCCCUUCACACAGUUUACAUUCCCACAGCUUACGGCGGUUGCCCAACUACCAGCCCAUCCACAUCAGCCACCCCAUGCCUGUCUCACUGAGUGUGGGACAGCAACCUCUGCCCCCAGUCCCACCCCACCACAGGGCCCUGCCGGCCCACACUGCCCUCUCCCCACCGCGGGCACCACCCUGCCACAGCCUGCCCAGACAGCAGCCCUACAGGAUAGACCAGGACCGUGAGAAGCCCAGUCCGCCCCAGAAGCCCCUGCCUGCAGACCCUCUGGACAGGCGUGUUUGGGUAGAAAGCAGCACCUCGGUGGUGGGGGUCCGCCUCCCUGGACCCAUCCCUAUCCCCAUCCCCACCGUGCCCAGGACCCUACUCACCAUUCCACAACCAAACAGACCUGCACCCAUACAAUCCCAGAGACUGCCUAAGACUCAUCAUUUUGACCGCUGAUCACAAAGAAAUGGAGAUGGAAUAGUGGGGUGCUCUAUGGAUGGAGACCCAUAUUUGCACUACAAGACUCUACCAGACCUUUGCAACUUUGAAAGGGUCUCAGAGUUUUAGGAAAAGGGGACUGACUUCAAACAUUGGUGCUAUGCCUCUGAAAGGUGCUUUUGUUGUCCUCGCUCAGGUACAAAUGAACUAUUUAAUGUCUACACCUUGUAACUCACUAAGCAGCAGUGUUAGGGACUGGGAGGUUAUGUUCAGUUUGUCGUUAAUAAGAACUGCUUUCGCAUUCCAAGGCAUCCACUCACUUCAUAAUCUGCAACAGUGUCGAACUGACAUGUUGGAGAUGUCAAUUGCGGUGUGUUUCGACCACAGGUGGUUGGUUGGUGGCACCUUAAUUGAGCAGGACGGGCUUGUGGUAAUGGCUGGAGCAGAUUAAGUAGAAUGGUAUCAAAUACAUCAAACACAUGGUUUCCAUGUGUUUAAUGCCAUUCCAUUUGUUGUGUUCCAGCCAUUAUUAUGAGCCGUCCUCUCCUCAGCAGCCUCCACUGGUUUCAAAUAAUCAAAUUCGGUGCAAAAGCAAGGGAAUUGUUCAGAAUGGACACGUACUUGAGAAUUAACAUGUUGAAUUAUUGUUCGAUCUUUGCAUUCAUACAUGGUCUACAUAUCAAAUUAAAUCAAAUGUAUUUAUAUAGCCUUUCUUACAUCAGCUGAUAUCUCAAAGUGCUGUACAGAAACCCAGCCUAAAACCCCAAACAGCAAGCAAUGCAGGUGUAGAAUCACAGU